UUCUACUAGGAACUGCCUAGGAGAUACUGCCUCGUUUCAGAGCUGCCAGGGAUUUUCUUUCGCUCUCUUUGCGGUACAACCUUCACUUCACUGUAUAUUAAGCUACCAUUUUGUUCUUAUUUCUGAGUCUUUUGGUUAACGGGAAAGGUUACAAAGAUGCAGUCCUGUGCCCGAUGUGGGUUUGUGGUGUAUCCUGCCGAGAAGAUCAAUUGCAUUGAUCAGAAUUGGCACAAAGCGUGUUUUCACUGUGAUGUUUGUAAGAUGGUCCUGACGGCCAAGAACUUUGUCAGCCACAAGAAGCGGCCAUACUGCUCUGUACACAAUCCAAGGAACAAUAUGUUCACUAGUGUCUAUGAAACCCCCAUCAAUACCAACGCCAAGAAGCAAGCAAUGGCCAGAAAUGAGGCGGAGUUUAUGGAGCAGACCUACUCAUAUUCAGGCACUGUCACCAACCAGGAGAUUGUGAGAGUGUCACAGGCCCAAAAGAUCAUUAGUGAUGUGGAGUACAAAAAGGGACAUGAAGCUAGAGUGACACAAUUUACCACUGUGGCUGAUACCCCAGAGAUUCUACAUGCCAAGACUGGAGGCUCCCUUGCAAGUGAUUCCAAGUACACCGAGGAAUAUGUGCAGUUGAAAGGAAAGGGCAGCUUCCCUGCCAUGAUCACACCAGAAUACCAGAUUGCCAAAAAAGCCAAUACCCUGGCCAGUAGCGUGGAAUACAAAAAAGGACACCAGGAUAGAGUGUCAAAGUAUACCUCAAUUGCCGAAACCCCUGAAGUGCUUCUGGCCAAAUGCCAAGGACAACUCAGCAGUGAUUAUGCCUACACUGAAGUGUAUGAACAGCAGAGGGGUAAAGGCAGUUUUCCCGCCCAUCUCACCCCUGGAUACCAAGUGUCAAAGAAAGCCACAGAAAUGUCCAGUGCUGUUAAGUACCGUCAGAUGUAUGAGCAGGAGAUGAAGGGAAAGGCCACCUCAGAGGCUGGAGCAGCAGAAUUUGCAUUUGCUAAAGAAAAUGCUGGGAACUUCAGUCAGAUUGCCUACACUGAAGAUUAUGAGCAGCAGAGAGGGAAGGGCAGUUUCCCAGCCAUGAUCACUCCUGCUUACCAGCUUGCCAAAAAAGCACAGGCCCAUGCCAGUGAUCUGAAAUACAAAAAGGACUUGAAUAAGAUGAAGGGUCCAUCCCACUUCCACAGCUUGACCAGUGAGGACAACCUAGCACUGAAAAGUGCCCGCAAAAUCAACAAGAUAGUCAGUGAAGUUGAGUACAAAAAGGACCUUGAGAACACUAAAGGCCACAGCAUCAACUAUUGUGAUACACCUCAGUACAAGAAUGCAUCCAAGGCUGCUAUGUUCACCAGCGAUACCAAAUACAAGGAAAAGUAUACCAACCACAUGAAGGGGCAUUAUGAAGGCUCCGGGAUGGACAAGAAUACCAUGCACGCUAUGAAAGUCAGAAAACUGGCAAGCAAUAUUGCCUAUAAGCAGGAGUUUGAACAAGAUAAAACUGACCAUGGGGAAUACAACUACCCAGCAACAAUUACACCAGGCUACCAGAGCCAAAGGAAACUGGAUCCACUCAAGGAUAAGAACUACAAACAGCACAUUGACCAAGUCAAGUACAACUUAGUGACAGACACACCUGACAUCGUCCAAGCUAGGAUAAAUGCUCAGCAACUCAGCAAUGUGAACUACAGACAACACAUUGACCAAGUAAAGUACAGCUCUGUGACAGAUACCCCCCAAAUUAUCCAAGCUAAGAUCAACGCUCAACAACUCAGCAAUAUCAAAUAUAAGGAGGAUUGGGAGAAGACCAAGUCAAAAGCAUGUGAUAUCGGUGUAGAUACGCUGACCAUCAAAGCUGCCAAAGCAUCUCGGGACCUGGCCAGUGAUAUUAAAUACAAAGAGUCAUUCAUGAAGAAUAAAGAUAAGGCGGUGAAUGUCACUGACUCCAAGACGCUGCACUCUAUUCAGGCAUCCAAGAUGAACAGUGAGAUUGAGUACAAAAAGAACUCCAAGGAGAAUCAGUCCCAGUUUAGCUUGUCCAUGGACAUGGUAAAUCUGAGCCAUGCUAAAAAAGCUCAAGCCCUUGCAAGUGACCUGGACUACAGGACGAAGCUACAUGACUACACCAUCCUUAGCGAUGACAUCAAAGUACAGCAGGCCAAGAAGGCCUACAAUCUCCAAAGUGAGAAUCAAUACCGUUCAGAUCUAAACUGGAUGAAGGGAGUUGGCUGGGAGGCAGAUGGAUGUCUCAAUGUGACCCAGGCAAAGAAGGCUGGAGAGCUUCUGAGUGAUAAAAAGUACCGUCAGAAAGUGGACAGCCUCAAGUUCACCCAGGUGGCCGACAAUCCCUCCAUCAAACAAGCCAAGAAAAACCAGGAGCUACAAAGCAAGCUAAUUUAUAAGGCUGGAAAUGAGCUACUGAUGCAUCAGUACACCAUGGAUAAAGAUGAGCCUCUCUUCAAGCAGGCCAAAGCCAAUGCAGACCUCCUAAGUGGGAAGGCAUAUAAAAGUAGCUGGGAGAAACAGCGAGAGAAGGGCUUUGAGUUGCGCUUGGACUCCCUGUCCAUUCUCACAGCCAAGGCUAAAAGAGACCUGGCCAGUAGUGUGAAAUACAAGGAGAAGUAUGAACAGAACAAAGGGAAAAUGAUCGGGGUGAAGACGGUCUCUGAUGACUCUCAGAUGGCUCACUCUGCUCUGGCCACUCGGCUGCAGAGUGAUCGUAAUUACAGAAAGGAAUAUGAAGAUACGAAGACAAAGCACAGUGCCUCUCUGGACAUGUUGACCCUGACCCAUGCAAAGAAAGCCCAGGAUCUGGCAACUGAAACCAACUACCGUACAUUCCUUCACAAGUACACAACUUUGCCUGGUGACAUGAAGGUGGCCUGGGCCAAGAAGGCCUAUGGACUAUUAAGUGAUAAACAGUACAGGUCGGAUCUGAACUGGAUGAAGGGCGUGGGCUGGGUGACAACAGAUUCCCUGGAUGUAAUACAGGCCAAGAAGGCUGGAGAGCUGAUUAGUGAGAAAAAGUAUCGUCAACAUGUCAGCGAUCUGAGGUUCACCAGUGUGGAGGACACUCCUGAGAUGGUCCAGGCAAAACUCAGCAACAAACUGGCUCUAGACAGGCUGUACAAGGAAAAAGGAGAACGUGCGAAGCACAACUACACACUCUCCGGAGAGCUGCCUGAACAUUUGCAAGCCAAGCUCAAUGCCAUGAACAUCAGUGAUAGCCAUUAUAAGGAAUCAUGGACAAAGAUCCGAGAUGGCGGCUACAAGCUUUGUUUAGAUGCCAUUCCCUUCCAAUCAGCAAAAGCAUCAGGGAACAUUCUUAGUGACCAAAAUUACAAGAAGCAGUUUGAGAAGACCAAGGGGCAUAUGAUCGGAGUGAAGGGCCUGGAGGAUGACAUGAACAUGUCUCAUUCUGUGAAUGCCAGCAAACUGCAAAGUGAUCUCAAGUAUAAGCAGGACUCUGUAAAUACGCGUUCUGAAUACCAUGUGUCUAUGGACAUGUUGGAGGUGGCUCAUGCUAAAAAAGCCCAGGCCCUAGCCAGUGACCAGGACUACCGCCUUAUACUUCACCAGUACACUUCCCUUCCUGAUGACAUGAAUGUGCAGACUGCUAAGAGAGCCUACCAGCUACAAAGCGAGAAAGUGUACCGCUCUGACUUGAACUACCUGCGUGGUGUUGCCUGGAUCGGCACUGGAGCCAUUGAGUUGGAGGGUUUCAAGAGGGCCACAGAACUUAUCAGUGAGAAAAAGUACCGUCAGCAGCCCCAAUCUUUCAAGUACACAUCUGUUCCAGACUCAACAGACAUUGUCCAUGCCAAACUCUGCAAUAAGCUUACCAACGAGCGUCUGUACAAGGUGAAAGGGUUGAAUGAAAGGCAUAGCUACACCAUGACACUGGAGAGACCAGAAAUUACUCAGGCUAAAAUCAACGCAGCUAACUUCAGCGAGAUCAAGUAUAGAGAGUCUUGGAACACUCUACGGGGUCAGGGCUACAAACUUACCAUGCAGGACAUCCCCUUCCAAGCUGCCAAGACCUCAAUGGACUUAGCAAGUGAUGUCCAGUAUAAACACAACCACUUGCUAGAUAAGGGCAAGCACAUUGGAGCCCGCAGCAUCCUGGAUGACCCCCGCAUGCUACACUGCAUGCAGAUGGGUCGGCUGACAAGCGAGCAGGUGUACCGAAAAGAUGCACUUUCUGGCAGCAGCAAGUACCACCUUUGCCCAGAUAUGAUUAACUUAGUUACAGCCAAGAAUGCCCAGGCUCUGGCCAGUGAUCAAGACUACAAGAAGAGGCUUCAUGAGUACACUGUACUACCUGAUGAUAUGAAAGUCCAAUGGGCCAAGAAGGCCUACAACCUGCAGAGUGAGAAACUAUACAAGUCAGAUCUGAACUUCAUGAAGGGUGUGGCCUGGGAUAGUUUUGGGGCACCUCAAAUGGAGUCAGCAAAGAAAGCUGGAGAGCUCAUCAGUGAUAAAAAAUAUCGUCAGCUGCCAGACAGUCUGAAGUUUACGCAAGUGGUAGACUCUCCUGACAUUGUCCAUGCAAAGAACAGCUACUUACAGUGCAGUGAGAGGCUGUAUAAGUCUGGAGACUUGGACGCCAUGCACAAAUAUACCUUACAUGCAGACGACCCUGACUUCAUCAGAGCAAGGAUCAAUGCCCAACAAAUUAGUGAUAAAGUCUAUAAAGCAGCUGGGGAUGAGAUGAGAUCAGCUGGGUAUGACCUGAGACUGGAUGCUAUCCCCUUCCAGACCGCCAAAGCUUCCAGAAAUAAUGCCAGUGAUUUCCGCUACAAACAGGCCUUUGUGAAGGAGAAGGGCCAGCAGGUGGGACUACUCAGUGUCGAGGAUGACCCCAAGAUGGUUCACUCUCUGGCGGCCAGCAAGCUUCAGAGCAACAUUGGGUACAAGAGGCAGGCUCAAGAGACGCGCUCCCAGUUUAAGAUGCAUGCAGAUCAGCCUGAGUUUCAACAAGCCAAAAAGAGCCAAGCCCUAGCCAGCAACCAGACCUAUCGCCAGAGGCUUCAUGACUACACCUGUGACCUCCAGCAACUCAACGUCCAACACGCAAAACAGGCCUACAAGUUGCAGAGUGAUGUGAACUACAAGUCAGACCUGAAUUGGAUCAGGGGUGUGGGCUGGACCCCACCUGGUUCCCAUAAGGUGGAGAUGGCCAGGCGCGCUGCAGAACUGGGUAUGGGGAAAGGAGUGAGCACUGAGGAGGCCAUUGCCCAGUACCAAAAUAUGAUGAUGCUCCAGCACCAGAUGGAGGAGCAGCAGCAGGUGUCAGAGCAUUUGGAGAAUAGAGAAGAAUUCCAGCAGUCGGGAGUCAAUCUAGAUGCCAUGGAGAUCCUCCAAGUCAAGAGGAAAAAGACCAUCCAAACAGUUAAAUCUACCACCACAACCACCACUUCCUCCUCCAUGAAUAAAAGUGUCAAUAAGUCAAUGAUGGCUUCUAGCUCGGCUUCAGCUGUAGAGAAAACAGGCCAAAUGUCAAGUCAAGCACCGGCCAUAGAAAAUGCAUAAACAACGUUGAGAGAAGAUAAUAAAUGAAGGUUGCCCCUAACUAUUGGUUGAAGUGAGGGAUUGGACGAAUAUCUGAUCCUAGGUAUGUUAAGGGCAACUUCUAGCCAAAGAGACAAUUAGAAAAUGUUUUGAGAAAGCUUUGCAUGUAAAAUCAGAAAGGCAGUUGAAAUGUGCAAUGAAUGGUUUAAAUUAAAGGGAACGUAUGUAUCUAUAAGGACUUCACAAAACAUUAAUAAUAACCCAUGCACACAAUUCAAAAGUAGUAUAUGAGAAUGUCAUCAAUGUUUUUCAACAUAGGCAAGUUGAUAUUUUUGCAAUGUUAUGACAAUGAUCAUAAUUAUGGCAAAUGCACUUCAUGUAGUAAUUCUAUGUUAUGUUAUACUGCUUAUGAAUGUGUAAUGAUACACUUUCUUAGGUUCCCUUCAAAUUAAGUGUUAACAGCGGAAGAAGGAAAUGUAACGUUUGGUUUUUGCUUUGUGUAUGAAACUAGGGGUUUGCUUAAAUAUGUCAUUAUAUCCAUAAAUUGACAGUUGAUGGAUUUUAUUAUACCUGUAAUCUGUAAGAUUUGUAGGACAAUUGUUUCUAUGCAACCAAUAAAUCUGUUGAUCAAG